AGCACCCCUUAUUACCGGUGCAGAUGAAGGAACGGUGUAACGCUCGUCGUUACGUGGAAGAGAGGAGGACCAAAUUGCAGCGUGAGGCAGCUGCGAUGGAUAGUGGGGAGAUGUUCACUGCUGGAAAAUGUGGUCUGGUCUCUGCCAAGGUGGAACAGUAUGACGCAGGUCUGUGCAGCUUCCCUGGUGAGGUGUCAUCGUACAAUGUGGUGGCGGUACUGAAGAAGGACUCUGGAUGUGUUUUGUUACAUCCCUUACCCAGCUCAACUGUUACCUUCUCAAAAUGUUCAACGGCUUCUCCUGUCAGUGCUCACUACCUGUAUAUCGAUGGGCGGUGGUGGACAGAACCCCUAGAUAACGUUAUAGAUCUGAAAACUCAGCUCACACAGAACUGGUUGGGGUAUUCAUUCAGACACGCACCUCUUUCACACCGGAGAUAGUCCCCUGACAGCUCUCAUUCACUCAGUAGUUAAUAGUAAUAAUAUCUCUUAUCUAAAUCCUCUUAUUAUCCACAUUUCAAAUCAGCUUAACACGUCCUUUCCACACUCACACAGCUCUCACAUCCACAUUCACUUAGUACUAUUCCCAAAUGCACUCAGUCAUCUCCCUUAUUACUAUCUCUGUGCAUCUUCAAUGAUUCUCGUUGUUACUUGCUAUACAUAUAAAAUAUCACGCGCUCAAUAACA